AUGGAAGAUGUCAUCGUUGACACUGGAAGGCCUCUAAAGGCUCACAAUCUGAAGAGCAUGGGGGUGAUUGAGCAAGUUAGGGUGAAACCCUCGUUAGAUACCUCCUGGGAAGCACUCAAGGAUCAGAGGAAGAUUCCAAGUGGCCUCUACCUCUUCUCCAAGAUUGAUCCUCCAGAGGUUGUGGCACACUAUCUGAAGGAUCUUGCAAGCCAAGGAGUUGACAUUUUAGAGUUCUUCGUGGAUUGGUUGCUUGAGCAUCCACCUAACUUCAUGAAGAGACAACGAGAACCUUAUGAUAAGUCAAAGAAGGCUAAGAAAGCAAAUUUGGGGGAAACUUUUGUGUCAAGACCUUCGGUCCCUCUAAUCGAAUCACCAAGUAAGUCUUUGCCUCCUCACUCUCGCUCUGUCAAUUUAAAGCAAAUUGCUUAUUCUUUUCCCCAAACCACUCCUAUCUACACUCAAUCUGAACCUCAACCCUCUACCACCAAACCCUUUGAAACUCCAACUCCUAACCAAUCAUCACCUCCGUUUCAAAAAUCCAACCUCUCCACCACAACCCUACCAGUUUCUGAAGCUAAAAUGCUUAACGAACCUAUCUCACCAAUUUCCUCCACACCUUCAUCUCCACCCUACUACAUCUUAUCAUCUGAUUCAGAACCCUCUGACCCUAAAUCCCCCACACUAGCUCAGCUUCAGGCUCGUGCUCUUGCCACACAACAACAACCUGAACCAGAAGCUAACACUCCACCAACUGAACAACCAAUUCCACCACCAUCUGAACAACCACCAAAUCCACUAUCUAAACAACCCACAACACCACCCUCUGAUACUCCCAUAAUACGACCCUCUGAAAACACUACCAUCCCUACCUCUCAGACUCCCGCUGACACCAACCAAACACCACCAACAUCCUCAUCCCCCGACCCUGAACCAGAAACUACCUUCCCCACCCUAGAAGAAGAAAUCUCUUUAUUUGCUGAGUCUUCAGUGGAGAAGAUCAGAUCUCUAUCUGUAAACUCUAGUAUCAAGGAUGAUCCCUCUGCAGUAAAGAUUCACUAG